AUGUUUGAGGGAGGAUAUUUCCAGUACGGGUGCGGUUCAGCCUCGGGACUGGCAACAACGGUUGUUCAGACUGCGUCAGGGAAGAAGCCAUUGGACCUUACGACCAUUUCAAUAAAAUUGACGGCAACGCCCACGCCCCUCUCGCGGCCUACUACGCUUAGCUCGGAGUCGUCUAAGACGUCGGAUUCUAGCACGGGUUUGGGGUCUGGGUCUCCAGCGGCUAGUGAUCAACCUCCAAAGCCGUCCGAAACGGAUGGGGGUGCUGCGCCGAGCAGUAGCGGGAGCAGUUCGAAGAAUACCGGUGCUAUCAUAGGAGGCGCUAUUGGCGGUGUUGCCGUUGUCUUUGCUCUGGCCGCUUUGGCAUUUUUCUUAUGGAGGCGAAAGUCGAAUAACGUUCGUCGAGGCCCAGGAAACGAGAAGGACCCCAAAUACAUAAGCCGACCAAUGGGUCCAACACAUCACGCGUUUGAGCCUCUUGCAUCCUCACACGAGGCUUCCGAAACGGGGUUCCGUGCCCAGAGCAACCUACCCGUCGAGCGUAACUCAGACGGUGUCAGUGCUGAGAGCGGCCUUAUGGGUAGUCCUUUGCCUCAACCACACAGCCAUGAGGCUAUGGACGCGGCGGUUACUAGAGGCGGAGAUGUCAACUACGACUCUGACCGCGUCCCUUUGACGAGAGAGCUCGACGACUUCUCCCACGGAUUCAACUCGGCAUUGGAAGGUAUAGACACCGACAGUGACGGCGAGGCAAAUCAGAACAAUAUGGCAACAUACCCCGGACCUCGAAGGGGCGGCGGCGGAGGCGGCGUUCUCUGGCAGCAAAACCGGAGACGCAGUAGAAACCUUGCGUGGAUGUAA